AUGAAUAUCUGUGGACCUGUUUUCAAGAGAUUUAUCUCAAUUACUGCGAAUGAAGGUCUUGCUACUGCCGCUCCUUUCGUACCUUUAGUGUCGGAGAAUGGGAUUGUAAAUGCUAUAGGUAACACCCCUCUAAUGAAGUUACCGAAGUUGUCGAAAGAAAUAGGCAGGAACAUCUACGCAAAGGCUGAGUUCAUGAACCCUGGUGGAUCUAUCAAGGAUAGAGCAGCAUUAUGGAUCAUAAAAGAUGCAGAGAAAAAUGGAUCCAUUACACCUGGGGGAACUGUUGUUGAAGGUACUGCUGGUAACACAGGAAUCGGGUUAGCUCAUGUAUGUAGAUCAAGGGGUUACAAAUGUAUAAUUUAUAUGCCUAAUACUCAAUCUCAAUCCAAAAUUGACACUUUGAAGCUUUUGGGAGCGGAAGUUCACCCAGUUCCGGCAGUUGCUUAUGACAACCCACAAAAUUAUAAUCAUCAGGCUAAAAGGCAUGCCGAAAAACUUCAAAAUGCCGUCUGGACUAAUCAGUUUGAUAACAUUGCGAAUCGAAAAGCGCAUAUUGAUUCCACAGGACCUGAGAUAUGGGCUCAGUUGAAUGGUGAGGUUGAAGCAUUUACCUGUUCGACAGGUACAGGAGGGACAUUUGCUGGUGUGACCAGAUAUCUCAAAGAUAUAUCUAAUGGAAAGACAAAAUCAAUACUAGCAGAUCCCCCAGGAUCAAUCAUAUAUUCUUAUAUCAAAUCAAAGGGCCAGAAUAUCGAAAGGGGAGGACUGUCCUUUACUGAAGGCAUUGGACAGGGUAGAAUUACGGAUAAUCUCAGACCAGAUUUAGAUUUGAUUGAUGAUGCGAUUAGGGUACCCGAUGGGGAUUCUAUAGCAAUGUUGUAUCGGUUACUUGACGAAGAAGGUCUUUAUUUAGGAGGAACUAGUGCCCUUAAUGUCGUUGCUGCCGUCGAAGUUGCGAAAACUUUACCAGAAAAAUCCAACGUUGUAACAAUUUUAGCCGAUUCAGCCCAUAAAUAUAGUGAUAGAAUCUUUUCAAAGAAAUGGUUACAAUCUAAGGGGUUGUUCGACGCUAUUCCUUCUCAUUUGCAAAAAUAUGCGAUAUUAGAGUAG